AAGUCCCUCCUCCUCCUCCUCCUAGCCCUACAUCCCUCAACCAUCUCGAUUCCCGGCGACGUCGGCCAUGUCAUACCAGACCCUUGAGAUGACGUUGAUCUCGGCGAGCGAUCUUAAGAAGGUGUCAUUCUUCUCUCGCAUGCGCGUCUAUGCCGUUGCCUCCAUCUCCGGGGCCAACUCCUGGAUGCCUACCCAUGGCACCCAAGUCGACCACAACAAUGGCCAAAAUCCCACAUGGAAUGCCAUGCUCCAUUUGCCGAUCCCUGCAUGUGUUGAUACUCGCGGGCUCGCCCUCCAUGUGUUGGUACGCUCGGAGGCGCUCCUCUUCGGCCACCAUGACGUUGGUGAAGUAUUUGUGCCCCUUAAUGAUCUUUUGGCAGGCACAAAUAACACUAAUGACCCAAAGGCCAUGAGCUACCAAGUGCGGCGACCCUCGUCUGGCCGUGCCCACGGCGUUCUCUACUUCAGCUACAAGUUCACCGGCAUCAAAGCUGCUUCCGCAAGCGCUACAGAUAACAAACAAGGGCAGUAUGUCAAGUACUCUGGGGGCUCUGAGGUGGCAAUGCCCAAACCCAUGGUGCCCGUCACCGCAUACCCACCACCGCAUGCCACAUUUUCAUACCCACCGGGUGCACCAAACGCAGUGUAUCCACCACAGCCAUAUCCACCACCGUACAUGUAUAAUACUGCUCCAGCACCGGCAACAAUGUAUGGGUAUGCGCCAGCAACGACUAUGGCUGCACCGGCAAGGCAUGCGGGAGGGAUGGGAAUGGGCCUAGGCCUCGGGCUCCUCGGUGGCGUGGUUGGCGGGAUGAUGCUCGGUGACUUGGAGUCUGAUGCCGCCUAUGACGCUGGGUUCAAUGAUGGGAUGAGUUUUUAGUUCUCGAAAUUCGGACUACGUAUAAGGAGGAUGUCCUUGCAAAUCUGUAAUGUGAAUCGAAAAUGAGUGAACAAAGUGAACUCGUCAUAA